GCGCGCGUAGUGGGGGAGAGUCCGCCCAGCUGCCCCAGACCCAGGGCAAGAAAGGGUCGCGUUAGCCGGGCGCCCCUAGACACCCGCCGCUGCCCAAUUCCCUACCGCCGGCAUGAACCGCAAGAAGCUGCAGAAGUUGACGGACACCUUAAUUAAAAAUUGCAAGCACUUUAGUAAAUUUGAAGUAAACUGUCUUAUAAAUCUUUUUUAUAAUUUGGUGGGAGAAGUAACAGAGCGGCAAGGUACCACCAUUGGGCUAGAUCGUAAUGCAUUUCGAAACAUCCUGCACGUGACAUUUGGAAUGACAGAUGACAUGAUUAUGGACAGAGUAUUCCGAGGUUUUGAUAAGGACAACGAUGGCUGUGUAAACGUAUCAGAGUGGAUUUAUGGAUUAUCAGUAUUUCUUCGAGGAACUUUGGAAGAAAAAAUGAAAUAUUGCUUUGAGGUGUUUGAUUUGAAUGGUGAUGGAUUCAUUUCAAAGGAGGAAAUGUUCCAUAUGUUGAAGAACAGUCUACUCAAACAGCCAUCUGAAGAAGACCCUGAUGAAGGAAUCAAAGAUUUGGUUGAAAUAACACUUAAAAAAAUGGAUCAUGAUCAUGAUGGGAAGCUGUCUUUCACAGACUAUGAACAGGCUGUAAGAGAAGAGACCCUUCUACUAGAAGCUUUUGGACCAUGUCUUCCUGAUCCAAAGAGUCAUAUGGAAUUUGAAGCUCAAGUAUUCAAAGAUCCGAGUGAAUUCAAUGAUAUAUGAAUACCUAAAUGUGUUGUCUCAAGUGAGUGAAAAAAGAGGUGCAUGCAUGUUGUUUAUUUUUUCCACUUAGCUCAGAAAGAUGGUGUCGAAUUUUGUGCUUGCGCUGGGGAAUGGGACUCACCAACAUGUACCAUUUAACUAUGGUGCAAGAUGCAAGUGAAAUAAAUAGAAGACAGUAAGUCCCUUAUUAAGUAUUGGGUUUGGCAAGACAAGUUCACAUUGCCACAUAUUUUAUCACAUAGACUAUUUGUUGAAGCUUAUAACUACCAUAAAACACUUGUAUUAAUGAAAUGAGUAGAGAUUACAUAAUCACAGAUUAUUGAGGCAAAUAUUCUUCAUGUCAGAAAAAUGCUGGCUAUACAUUUAAAAGUCAGUGAAACUACUGAAUUUCCUUUGGAACAGUAAAUAAUGAAGACAGCAUUUAAAAAAUAAUAACAGUGACAUUUAGCACAUAAAUACCUGUCUGCUAGGCAUUGAGGGACAUUCAGAGAGCUGAAAGCAAUAUAUACCUACCUCAAUAUAAUGCAUACUAUUGUUUGGGAUUUUGCCCGAAUAAUAUGCAUAGACAGUAAGCAACUGAGGGCAGGGAUCCCUACACCCAUCAUUGUGUCUGUCACAGCAGUUAGCAGAGUCCUCUGCACAGAAUGGGUCCCCAGUAAACAUUAUGGAUAGAAAAUUACAAAAUGUUACCAGAUAAAUCCAAAUUCUUGCUGAUCA